CAUCGCGGUGGGCGGCCUGGCCCUGUACGCAGUGAGUGGCAAGGAGCGUCUUGUUCUGGCCGACGCCACGUGGCGGGCCUGGACCUAUGUGGCAGAUGCGGGUAACCACGCGGACAGCGAGGGCGUGGGGCCGCGCGUGGUGAGCGUGAGUGUGAGCAUCGGCGGCAUGCUGGUGUUUGCGCUGAUGGUGGGGUUGGUGUCGGAGGGCAUCUCAGAGAAGGUGGACUCGCUCCGCAAGGGCAAGAGCGACGUCAUCGAGCACAACCACACGCUCAUCCUCGGCUGGAGCGACAAGCUCGCGUCGCUGCUGAAGCAGCUGGCGGUGGCGAAUGAGAGCAUGGGGGGGGGCGUGGUGGUGGUGAUGGCGGAGAGGGACAAGGAGGAGAUGGAGAGCGAAAUCUCCAAGAUGGAGUUCGCCUUGAAAGGCACCUCCGUCAUCUGCAGGUCCGGCUCCCCCCUGGUCUUAGCGGACCUAAAGAAGGUGUCAGUGAGCACGGCGCGCUCACUCAUCGUGCUGGCAGAGGCAGAGAACGCCGAUGCAGCGGAUGCACGUGCGCUGAGGGUGGUGCUGUCGCUCACGGGCGUGCGGGAGGGGCUGAGGGGACACAUUGUGGUGGAGCUCAGUGACCUGGACAACGAGGCGCUGGUGAAGAUGGUGGGAGGGCAGCAGGUGGAGACGGUGGUAGCGCACGACGUGAUAGGGCGGCUCAUGAUCCAGUGCGCACGGCAGCCAGGCCUGGCGCAGAUAUGGGAGGCGCUGCUGGGGUUUGAUAACUGCGAGUUCUACGUCAAGCACUGGCCGCAGCUGGCUGGGAAGCCCUUCAGUGACGUGCUCGUGUCGUUCCCUGACGCCGUGCCUUGUGGCGUGCGCAUUGCCGGGGAUGGAGGGAGGAUCUGGCUCAACCCGGACGAUGAUUAUGUGCUGCAGCCCGACGAUGCAGUGAUGGUGGUGGCGGAGGAUGAUGAUUCGUACGCGCCCGGUCCGCUGCCCCACGUGCGCCACGCCAUGCUGCCCGACGUCGUCGUGCCGCCCAAGCUGCCCGAAAAGAUCUUAUUCUGCGGAUGGCGGCGCGACAUUGACGACAUGAUUGUGGUGCUGGAAGCCUUUCUAGCGCGCGGCUCAGAGCUGUGGAUAUUCUGUGAGGUACCGGUGGAGGAGCGCGAGGAGAGGCUGAUGGAGGGCGGGCUCAACCCGGGCGACCUGGAGAACGUGGCUCUCGUGCACCGCGUGGGCAACGCCGUCAUCCGCCGCCACCUCGAAAGCCUUCCUCUUGAGACCUUCGACUCGAUCCUCAUUCUAGCCGACGAAGGCGUGGAGGACUCGGUGAUCAACUCUGACUCGCGCUCGCUCGCCACGCUGCUGCUCAUCCGCGACAUCCAGUCCAAGCGCAUGCCCUACGAGGUCUGCUUCUCCGGCGCCCCUGCCCGCGGGCCCCCGCGCAACGCACACAUCGUGCCCGGCGCUGCUGCCGCCGCCGCCGCUGCCGCUUUCGCUGCUGGCGGCCUGGGAGCAGCAGCAUCAGGGGCAGGCGCAGGGGUCGGGGCGGGGGCGGAUGGUGCUGCUGGUCCCAGUGGGAUCGGGAAUGGGAAUGGGAACGGGGGCUCGUGGAUCAGGCAGAUGCAGAAGGCGUCGCAGCAGUCGAUUGUGAUUUCCGAGAUUCUCGACUCGCGCACGCGAUCCCUCGUGGCCGUGUCCAAGAUCAGCGACUAUGUGCUCUCCAAUGAGCUCGUCUCCAUGGCCCUCGCGAUGGUGUCAGAGGAUCGGGAGAUCAACCGCGUGCUGGAAGAGCUCUUCUCAGAAGAGGGCAAUGAGAUGUACAUUCGCCCAGCGGAGCUCUACCUAUACGAGGGGGAGGAGCUGAGCUUCUUCGAGGUGAUGGUGCGCGCGCGGCAGCGCCUGGAGAUUGUGAUUGGCUACCGCCUGGGCGGCGAGGAGGUGGCGGUGCUCAACCCGCCCAACAAGAGUGCCGCCCGGCAGUGGUCGCUCAGCGAUGCCUUCAUCGUGCUCUCUUUGGAGGAAUAA